AUGGCAUUUUCUUUCAAUUCCUCUGUUUUGUUCUUUGCCAUUCUUUUAUCUACUUCCUAUGCUCAAAAUGGCUUAAUCCUUCCCAUUAGAAAGGACACCAAUACCUUACAACAUUACACCUCGAUUCAAAUGGGCAGCAACCGUGCCACAGUGAAUGCAGUAAUCGAUCUUUCAGAACGAUUCUUGUGGUUCGAGUGCGAUAAUUAUACCUCAUCCACCUAUGCUCCAAUCCCUUGUAACUCACAAAAAUGUGAAAUAGCCAAGGGAUCUGGAUGCCUGGUGGAAUGUCGAGGGCCACAACGCCCAGGUUGCACUAACAACACCUGUGGUGCCUCCCCUUUUAACCCAUUUGAGAGUUUUAUUCCUAGUGGAACUUAUGGAGAGGACACAUUAUACUCAAACGAUCAUAUUCAGGUGCCCCAGUUUUCCUUUGCUUGCACAGUCUCAGAUUACUCCAAGGGUCUAGCCAGUGGCACAACUGGGAUACUAGGUCUUGCCAGGACUCAAAUUUCUUUGCACAAACAGGUUGCAAAUAAGCUCAAUUUACCCGAUAAGUUUUCUCUUUGCCUACCAUCUUCAGGGCUUGGAAAAUUGUACGUUGGUGGAGGAUCGUCGAGCAAAUCAGACGUGUCGAAAUCACUUAUCACAACACCCCUCAUCAUAAACCCUGUGGGUACUGGCCCUGCUAUUUCAGUCCAGGGUGAACCUUCUGAUGAAUAUUUUAUCAAUGUAAAGUCCAUCAGAGUCCAAGGAGAACCUUUGUCUGUCAAAAGUUCCUACUUUAACAUUGACAAAGAUGGAGUCGGAGGCACCAAAAUUAAUACCAUGAUAAAUUUUACUACACUGCAUUCUUCCAUCUACAAACCUUUGACCAGGGCUUUUGUCAAAGCAGCAUCAGACAUGAAGAUCAAAAGUGUCGACGCAGUGGCACCGUUUAGAGCAUGUUUCAGUUCCUCCACCAUUUCCAAAACUUCCACGGGCCCUUCUGUCCCAAUAAUUGAACUAGUUUUGCCGGGAAACGAUGUUUCUUGGAAGAUAUAUGGUGCCAAUUCGAUGUUCCAAGUCAAUAAGAAUGUUAUUUGCCUUGCAUUUGUGGAUGGAGGGUCGAGUCGAAGAACCUCAAUUUUUCCAAGUACCUCAAUUGUCAUCGGUACAUACCAAUUAGAGGAUAAUUUGCUCGAGUUUGAUCUUGUCUCGUCCCAACUUCGCUUCAGCUCUUCCCUUUUAGUCCAGAACAAGACUUGUUCCCGCCUUUAA